AUGGACACCAUCAUAGUAAGUGACAACCAAUGUAAAUGUGGAUAUUUGAAAUCACAACACACAGAAGAGAUGCAGAUUAACCAUAAUGAGAAAUGGAAUUAUAAAAAACAUACUAAAGAAUUCCCAACUGAUGCUUUUGGAGACAUCGAAUUUGAAAAUUUGGGUAAGACAGGAAAGUACAUUCGUCUGUCGUGUGACACAGACUCUGAAACCCUCUAUGAUCUAAUGACACAACACUGGCAUCUAAAAACACCCAACCUCAUCAUCUCUGUCACAGGUGGAACAAAAGUUUUUGCUUUAAAGCCACGCAUACGUAAAAUUGUCAGCCGGUUGAUUUAUAUUGCGCAGUCCAAAGGAGCCUGGAUAUUCACUGGUGGUACCCAUUAUGGACUGAUGAAGUAUAUUGGAGAAGUAGUGCGAGAUAAUACUAUCAGUAGGAGCUCUGAAGAGAAUGUGGUUGCUAUUGGCAUAGCUGCUUGGGGCAUGGUAUCUAAUCGUGAGAAUCUUAUCAGAAGCUGUGAUACUGAGACAUACUAUUCAGCACACUACAUCAUGGAUGAUCUCAAGAAGGACCUUUUAUACUGCUUGGAUAAUAACCAUACUCAUCUAAUUUUGGUGGAUAAUGGAACUCAUGGGUAUCAAGGCAUAGAGACAAAGCUACGCACCCAGUUAGAAAAAUAUAUUUCAGAGCGUAUUAUUCCAGAUUCUAAUUAUGGCGGAAAGAUUCCAAUUGUAUGCUUUGUCCAAGGAGGAGGUAAAGAAACUCUGAAAGCAAUUAACACUGCCAUCAAGAACAAAAUUCCCUGUGUCGUGGUGGAAGGUUCUGGUCAGAUAGCAGAUGUGAUUGCAAGCUUGACAGAGGCAGAAGGCACACUUACGUCCUCAUCUGUUAAAGAGAGAUUGCUCAGAUACUUGCCUCGCACACUUUCUAGACUCAAUGAAGAGGAGAUUGAGAGUUGGAUCAAAUGGAUCAAAGAAAUACUUGAAAAUCCUCAUCUGAUAACUGUCAUCAAAAUUGAAGAUGCUGGAGAUGAAAUUGUGAGCAAUGCCAUUUCAUAUGCUCUUUUUAAAGCUUUCAGCACAAAUGAAGAAGAUAAAGAUGACUGGAAUGGUCAACUGAAAUUGCUUUUGGAAUGGAAUCAAUUGGACUUAGCCAGUGAAGAGAUUUUUACCAAUGAUCGACGUUGGGAGUCUGCUGAUCUUCAGGAUGUCAUGUUUAUAGCCCUGGUAAAGGACAGACCAAAAUUUGUUCGUCUCUUUCUUGAAAACGGGCUGAAUCUAAGGAAGUUCCUCACUCAUGAAGUUUUAACAGAGCUCUAUACAAACAACUUCAGCAAUCUGGUGUUUAAAAACCUACAAAUUGCUAAGAACUCCUACAGUGAUGCUCUUCUUACUUUUGUGUGGAAGAUGGUAGAGGAUUUCAGAAAAGACAUAAAAAAAGAAGGCAAAAAUGGCAAUGAUGACAUAGAAAUACAGCUGCUGGAUGGAUCUCUUAUUACGAGGCACCCCUUGCAAGCUCUCUUUAUUUGGGCUAUCCUUCAAAACAAAAAGGAACUAUCCACUGUAAUUUGGGAGCAGACAAGAGGCUGCACCUUGGCAGCAUUAGGGGCCAGCAAGCUUCUGAAAAGCUUGGCUAAAGUAAAGAAUGAUAUUAACGCUGCUGGAGAAUCAGAAGAAUUGGCAAAUGAAUAUGAAACAAGAGCUGUGGAAUUGUUCACAGAAUGUUACAGCAGUGAUGAAGAUCUGGCAGAACAGCUACUUAUUUAUUCCUGUGAAGCAUGGGGUGGGAACAGUUGUCUAGAACUUGCUGUAGAAGCUAAGGAUCAACAAUUCAUUGCUCAGCCAGGAGUCCAGAAUUUUCUUUCCAAACAAUGGUAUGGGGAAAUUUCGAGAGACACCAAAAAUUGGAAGAUCAUUCUGUGCCUUUUCCUUUUCCCUUUAAUAGGGUGUGGCUUCAUUUCCUUCAGGAAAAAGCCAAUAGAAAGGAGCAAAAAGUUGGUCUUCUACUAUGCAUGGUUCUUCACUUCACCAUUUGUGGUCUUCUCUUGGACCGUCAUGUUCUACAUUGCUUUUCUCCUUCUAUUUGCCUACGUCCUGCUCAUGGAUUUCCAAAAAGAGCCUACCCUGCUGGAACUGAUUCUCUAUGUGCUGGUUUUCAUCCUGCUUUGUGAUGAAGUGAGACAAUGGUAUAUGAAUGGGAAUAAAUACUUUUCUGACUUAUGGAAUGUUAUGGACACCCUUGGAAUUUUCUACUUCAUAUCAGGAAUUGUGUUCAGGCUCCACUCUUCAAAUGAAACAUCUUGGUAUUCUGGCAGAGUAAUUUUUUGUCUGGAUUACAUUAUUUUUACUUUAAGAUUAAUCCAUAUUUUCACAGUAAGCAGAAAUCUUGGCCCAAAGAUAAUUAUGCUUCAGCGGAUGUUGAUAGAUGUCUUUUUCUUCUUGUUCCUCUUUGCGGUGUGGAUGGUGGCUUUUGGUGUAGCCAGACAAGGGAUCCUACGAAAAAAUGAACAGCGUUGGGAAUGGAUAUUCCGAUCAGUCAUUUAUGAGCCUUACCUUGCAAUGUUUGGCCAUUAUCCUUCUGAUAUUGAUGGUACUACAUACGAUUUUGAUCACUGUACCAUCCUUGGAAAUGAAUCCAAGCCUCUGUGUGUAGAAGUGGAUUCCAAUAACCUCCCUCGUUUCCCUGAGUGGAUUACUAUUCCAUUAGUGUGCAUCUACAUGCUGUCCACCAAUAUCCUCUUAGUUAAUUUAUUAAUAGCCAUGUUUGGAUAUACUGUUGGAUCGGUUCAGGAGAAUAAUGACCAAGUAUGGAAAUUCCAGCGCUACUUCUUGGUUCAAGAGUACUGCAGCCGUUUAGCAAUACCAUUUCCAUUUGUCAUCUUUGCCUAUAUCUACAUGGUGAUGAGGAAAAUUUUUAAAUGCUGUUGUAAAAAUGAAUAUAGAGAAUCAUCCAUUUGCUGUUCAAGGAAUGAAGAUAAUGAAACUUUGGCAUGGGAAGCUGUCAUGAAAGAAAAUUACCUUGUGAAAAUCAACACCAAGCCCAGUGGCUCAUCUGAAGAAUUUUAA